CCUGCCGCUGUUGCUCAGGAUCGGUCUUUUCCAACACACAGUUGUCGAGGCCUGCGUCCGGAGCAGAGGAGCGAGACUCUACCGCAAUCCAGCCAUCAUGAAGUUCUCUCCGCGUGUGAGCAGCUCUAGACGCAAGUCGCGGAAGGCACACUUCAGUGCCCCUUCCAGCGAACGCCGCAUUCUUAUGAGUGCUGCCCUUUCAGCAGAUCUGAAGAACAAGUACAACGUACGAUCUGUUCCUGUAAGGAAGGAUGACGAGGUUAUGGUUGUCCGAGGCACAUACAAGGGCCGGGAAGGAAAGGUUGUCCAAGUGUACAGGCGUAAGUGGGUGAUCCACGUUGAGCGCAUCACUCGUGAGAAGGUCAAUGGCGCAACCGUGAAUGUUGGCAUUGACGCAUCAAAGGUGGUGAUUACUAAGCUCAAGCUAGACAAGGAUCGCAAGGCUCUUCUUGAGAGGAAGGGCAAAGGUCGUGCUGGUGACAAGGGCAAGGGCAAGUUUACCGAUGCUGACGUUGCUCCUCCUCUACAGGAGGUUGAUUAGAUUUUGUUAGUCCAGACUUGAAUGGGUAAUUUUUUCCUAUGAACGCGACUUGCCUGCUGGCUCUUUAAGCUAGUCCCUUUCAGUUUUCGUGGGACAAGUUCUUAUUAUC